UUCUUAAUUCCUCUGUUUUACAUUUGGGCACGAUCAUGAUGAUCUUAAAUAUUCUUGUUUUAGCUGCAGCCACUUUUAGCUUUGGUCUAAUUGUGCCAUCGCCAUUAUUCGGCUUUGGGCUGCAGCUGGUCCGCGCUAAUAUUAAUAUUGCCGCAGCCACACCUCCAAAAUCCAAUUUUCAUUUUGCAUAAGAGUCAAGGAUUCAACUUACAAUCUAACUCUCCUUACAUAAUUGAGAAGCCAAGCCGCAUAAAUACAAACAAUAUAUAUAUAUAUAUAUAUUUAUCAUAAACUGACAUUUUAUAUAUGUUUUCCGGUGUAUUAUUAUGAAAUAUAUAUCAAUCAUUAGAAAACUGAUGUUUCCAAUGAAUUUGCUUGCUUUGUCACUGAAGGUAUUUCCGGCGAAGGCUUCAUUGCUCGGGACAUGACCUUCGAAAACACCGCCGGACCUGAGAAGCAGCAAGCGGUUGCAGUGCGCUGCAGCGGCGACUUCUCGGUCUUCUUCCGGUGCAGCUUCCAAGGCUACCAAGACACCUUAUUUGUGAUUUCCCAGCGACAGUUCUACCGCCUUUGCGACAUCUACGGAACCAUAGACUUCAUAUUCGGCAAUGCCGUCGCAGUUCUUCAGAACUGCAACAUAUGCGUGAGAAAACCCAUGAGCCACCAGCAGAACGUGAUUACUGCUCAGGGAAGAACGGAUCCGAACCAGAACACCGGAAUCGUAAUCCACAAUUCAAUUGUGAAGGCGAUGGUGGGUCGGCACAAGACGUAUCUGGGGCGGCCGUGGCAGAAGUACUCGAGGACCGUAUUCAUGAAGUGUGAUCUGGACAGCUUGAUUGAUCCGAAAGGGUGGCUUCCGUGGGAAGGGAGCUUUGGUUUAAGCACGCUAUACUAUGGGGAGUACAUGAACACAGGGACUGGUGGAAGGGUCGGGUGGAGCGGUUACCAUGUCAUUAGCAGCUCCACGGAGGCUCAAAAAUUCACGGUUGCCAACUUCUUGGCCGGAGGUGCAUGGAUUUCAGCCGCCGGAGUGCCCUUUACUUCCGGCCUUUGACAAUUAAUUUGUUAAUUAAUUAAAGUUGCUAAACGUAAGCAUCAACAACAUAAUCAUAUUAUGUGCGAACUGCAGUACCACCCACCAGUAAUAAUUGUCCAUGUGCAAUAAAAACAAGCAACUGUAUGUUGUUGUGAUCUGUGACCUGCAGGUUCAAAUUUCCCUAUUAAUUGACAUUCCUUGGUUGUACUUGUACACACACACACACACACACACACACAUAU